AUGCCCUCGACACAUAACGUAGACAAGCCGUGGGAUACGGAAGAUAUCGACAAAUGGCAGAUAGACGAGUUUAAACCCGAAGACAACCUCGGCGGAACAUUCAGUGAGGAGAGUUCCUUCUCCGUUCUCUUCCCCAAAUACCGCGAAACAUACCUCAAGGCAUCAUGGCCGCUGAUCACCCGAUCGCUGGAAAAGAUGGGAGUCGCCUGUACGCUGGACUUGGUGGAGGGUAGCAUGACUGUGAAGACGACACGAAAGACAUACGACCCGGCUGCUGUUCUGAAAGCGCGCGAUCUCAUCAAACUACUGGCACGUAGUGUACCGGCACCCCAAGCAGUCAAGAUCCUGCAAGACGACAUGGCUUGCGACGUCAUCAAGAUCAGAGGAAUGGUGCGCAACAAGGAGCGCUUCGUAAAGCGAAGACAACGUAUCCUCGGACCCAACGGCAGCACCCUCAAGGCCCUCGAACUCCUCACAUCCUGCUACAUCCUGGUCCAAGGUAACACGGUCUCCGCAAUGGGCGGCUACAAAGGCCUGAAGGAACUCCGUCGUAUCAUCAUGGACUGCAUGAACAACAUCCACCCAAUCUACCACAUCAAAGAACUCAUGAUCAAGCGCGAAUUGGCAAAAGAUCCGGAACUCGUAAACGAAAACUGGGACCGCUUCCUCCCUCACUUCAAGAAGCGCAACUUGAGCAAGAGACGUGUGCCUCACGUCGUCACAGACAAGACGAAGAAAACCUACACACCUUUCCCUCCCGCCCAGGAAAAGAGCAAGGUCGAUUUGCAAAUCGAGAGUGGAGAGUACUUCUUGUCCAAGCAAGCAAAGGAGAGACAAGAGAAGCAGAGAAGAGAGGACGCCAUGCGCGAGAAGAUGGAGGGAAAGAAGCUGGCCAGACAACAAGAUUACGUUGCUCCCGACGAGCCUGGCGAGGAAAAGAAGGAGAAGAAGGAGAAGAAGGAAAAGAAGAAGAGAAAGCACAGCGACGAGGAUGGCGAGGAGGUGUCGGAGAAGAAGAAGAAAAAGUCAAAGAAGGUCAAGGAGGAGGUGGCCGAGGACAGCGAGUGA